AUGGGAAUAUUAUCGUCGUUUGUGAUGAUAGAUAGGUCAUGCAUUAAAGUCCUUGACGUCAGCAUCAGGCCUUCACUCAAUCUUUCCAGAACUAAGAAGUAUACAUAUGAGUUCAAAGGGAAUGUUUCAUCUGGGAGUGUGGUGACUCUCAGUUAUUGGACUAUUAGUGGAUCUCUCACAGUUCUUGUGUAUGAUAAUUAUACUAAAGCGAGGUUCGAGUUGGAUCAUUUAAAGCCCACAGUAUACACGAAGAAUAAAGGCCACACAACUGAGCAGUCGCUGGAAGCCGUCUCCUACUUGAAACAACCAUGGGAAAUAGAGUAUUUGGAAACCGGCUUCAUCAGUUCAAUAUACUUCGGUGAAGAGCCUUCAUGGUCGAAGAACAUGAAACGAGCGAUUUCCAUCAACUUUCAGUUGAAGAAAGAUUUAGGGUCAUACACCAAUAACGAGCCAUGCCUAUACGCUCUAUGCGUAAUGGUGUACACAGCUCGACGGAACACAAUUAAAAAAUACAGCAGUCUCCAGCGAUCUUCAUCUGGAACUGAACAUACCUGGAGCUCCGUGCCCUGGAGCAAUGAGUAUGGGCGCGUGCCUGAAAACGUAGCGACUUCCGAACGUAUUUAUGAAUUGGAUGAGCACGGCCUCACCAGCCUUUAUAUGAAAGGCGACUUCCGGUAUAAAGUGAAUGAACACAUUCUUAGUGUAUCUUCAGAACUGUCAUUCUACCUGGACGGGGAUUCCCCGGCACCCACUGUCGAGAAGUUAAAUGUGACCAGGGAUAGCAUACAGUACGAGGCCAGCGAUUUCAAUGACCCCACAAAUGGGAUACGAUACAUGAGUGAAGGGAAUUUGAAAAAUAAAACCUAUGAGGUACUUAUGAAGAUCGCGAAACGAGGGAUAGAUGCUGAUAAUAUAGUGAGAAACGAAUCGUUAAUACAUAGCCUGGACUUCAUAGAUUUGCUCAAUACAAUUUCCCAACUCUCCCAAGAGUCUCUGACGAAACUCUUCGAUGAUCUUGUCCUUGGGACCAGCUACGAUCUGGAGACGGCCAGAAAUAUCUUCCUGGAAGUGCUGCCUCACGCCAGGAGCGAUGCCUGUGCAAGAUUUAUAAGAUAUCUUGUCGUUGAGCAGAAGACGAAAAUCGAAGACGCAAUCCUUCUAUCUCUUAUUCGAAAGCUGCCCUUCAACGUAGCGAAUCACAGCCAGGGUCUUCUCGAAGAAUUGGAGACGUUCACCAAACUCGGCCUGGACUUUCCUCUUGAUAUUCGCCACGCCGGGAUCUUGUCCUUCGCCAUUUUGGUGUUCAAGACUGCUGAAGCUGGACAAGUUAAGCAGGAUUACUUCGAUAAUGUCAUUGUCAAGUAUUUUCGGAUGUAUAGUGAUUGUCCACAAUAUCUGGAUAGAAUGAUCUGGCUGCAAGGUCUGUGCAGUUUGGGUUUCGGCGCAGAAGCAUAUGUUCGGACGAUAUACAGUGACGCGUCUAGGAAUAGACACGAGCGUCUAUGGUCUUCCAUGGCUUGUGGACAGGAAGCUAGAGGGUAUAUGGCGCUACAGGCCCUGGAAGUGAGCCUUCCAAUCCUAACAAACGAAACCGAGCAUAUACAACUUCGUAUCGCAGCGUUGCACGCGAUUCUACGUUCGGAAAUACAAGCUACGGAUUUCCUCUUUAUCCACAAUUUCAUAACCAGCUCCGAUGAUGAUCAGCUCAAGAGGUUCUGGUACUCAACGGUGAAGAGCCUCGAAGCCAAUCGUUUCUUUGAGGGAUAUCGUUUUGCAUCUUACUACAUCCCAUUCGUAGCGAAGCAAGUGACUAAUCCAGACACAACAUAUUGGGCGACGAAUAACUACAUAAUCACCAAUGGUGAUGAGUUUGGGCCAUCACUGCAGGUGUUCAGCAUUGGUGAAGAGUUCAGUGCAAUGCCUGCGAUGGCUGGGGUCACCUUAAGUUCGGGAGGGCGUCGACCUUAUGACACUUCGAUUUAUUUUAUAGCUGAAGGCGUGUCUUCUCAUAUAUUUAAAAAGAUGCGUAGUGUCUCAGCAGAUCUGAAUGUGGAGACUCUGGUAAAAGUUUUGGAGAAGAUGAAAAUUUGGACAUUGAAGAGUCCACAAGAAGUACAUAUAGAUAUAGUGAUAAAGGUAGAAGACAAGACAGUAUAUGCAACGCACAUCAACCAAUCAAGAUUUGAGACCUGGAACGGAAUGGAAAUGGCAAAAUCAAUAAUGGAGUUUCUAAGAUUCGGAAGCCAUAUCAACCAACAGAUGGUCUACUAUCCAUCACAAAUGGAGAUGAAUGUACCGAGUGAGCUGGGUACUCCAAUUCGCCUACAGUCCCUAAGCAUGGGUUUUACCUCUGUUAGAGGUAACCUAACAGCACCAGCUGAUCCCACAUUGGAUCUAGAUUGGGAGAACGAUUUGCACAUUAGGUUCCAAGGUACAAAAGUUACAUCACUGUCAACUUAUGCACCCCUGGUCCAAUCCGAGCACACAGGAAGAGUCCAACAAUCGCUGGUGGCUCAUCUUCCCAUCAAGUUUAAUGUGACUUGCCAAGCGUCAACGCGGUCUAUUGCGUUUACGUGGUUAAAUCCCUUCGCACAGCGAGCAGGCAUCGCAAUGCACUCCAGGGUACAAAUUACGACGGACUCUGCACUUGGAAGGGAUUCCUACACUGUAUCUUCGAAGCCUAUAUCUAAAGUGAAUAAAAAUGGCAUAUUCUUCGAUUGUGAGCAACAGACUUCAGCAGCAGAAGUACUAGAGAAAUAUUUGAUGUCGAAAAUAAUAAAUUACGACACUCCCCAAACCCAAAAAACCUUCGUGGACACAUUACACCAGCUGACUCCCCUACCAGGUUGUGGACUCAUUCUCCCCCCCACAAGGCAGGAUCAAGGAGGAGAUGAAGUUAUACGACUUAAGUUUAGUUUGGGCAACAUUUCUUUGGAACGAGUAGAUAGUGUUGAAGCCAACUUUGGAGUCGUGUUAAGCUAUUAUAGCUUAGAUGAAAAGACCGUCUUCUUAAAGAUAGAUUCUAAUACAAAGAUAAAGAGUACAGGGAGGAAUGUCUCAGCUGAGUGGAACUUAUACGUGAAGCAGCCACAAGCAGCGGACCCGAAGAAGACACAUUGGAAGCUCUGCUACAAAGAAGAUGACGUAAGCCACGCCCCAUCAGACGAAGACAUCACGACCACGCCCUCAGCCUACGAAGGUCUCGUCACAAUCACGUAUAGGUCUUCUGAUAAAUUCGUCAGCUGUUCCACGGACCAGAGCAGCACUAUUGAAGUCAAGUACCAAGGGACUCCAAAACACGGGGAUGGUGGAUUGGAGAGGAAUGUGGAGUUUCAGAUUGUGGGAGAACGGCUCCACGACUUUGAUCUGCUUCCAAAACUGGGUCUGAUGGGUGGCACUCCAGCUGGUCAGAUCCUCGGGAGUCUUGACAAGGAUACUAUAAAUGCUACAGCAGUUGUCAAGGAGAAGAACGGAGUAGCAUCUCUUGUGGUCAACCAUGGACCAGAGAUGAAGUUCAAAUCGGACAAUAUUGCGUGGCUGUUGGAUAGUGUGACCGGAAUGCAACUUAUGAAGAAAUUUGGAUUUUACAGAGAAUGCAGGCUUCAAGGUCUAACAGUUCAGACAUUAUCAGGGAGUGUUGAUCAAUUGCAACCAAUACAAUGCGCUGAGACCGUAGUACUAGCGGACUGCUCUGAAUUACCAAGAUUAAUACCAAUUAAUGACGGCGUCAGAAUUGCAUCAGAAUCAACCGGUGUUUUGAUUUAUAAGAAACACAAUGAGACCGUAAUCCUAGUGCCAUUCGCCUAUAUGGACACUGUUUGUGGGGAAUGCGUGGGGCUGGAUUAUAAUAAUUGCUAG